GCCUGCGGCGCGUUCGGUCAUGUUUUCCAACGAACGAAUGUGAAAGGAAGACGCGGUGCUGUGUUCGUUUUUUUUUGAGCCAAAAGGAGGAAGAGCCCGUCGAGAGAGACAUUUGGUGUAAACCCCAACCAUCUCCGGGUGUCUCGGAGGUUUGUCUUCCGUUUCUGCACGAUGAACGGAAACGUGAGGAAUGAGCGGCCAACCGCCGCCGACGACAUCGAUGCCGCUUCCCUCAGCGCCGAUAUUCUCAACCCUUUUGUGCAUCGACUCGAGCUCGGCUCGACCUAUGAGAAGCUCAAGACGAUAUUUUUAACGAUCGCCCUCUUGCCAGUCAGGCUAGCUGCAAUUACGACUUUGAUGAUCCUAGCGUGGCUAUUGGCCUGCCUUGGACUGCACGGAUUGUCCGAGGAGGAUCUUCGGCGAGCUCCUCUCAAAGGAUGGAGGCGAGACAUGCGCGUCGUGAUCUGCUGGAUGAUGCGGGCUUUAUUUCUCUGCGGUGGAUUUCAUCACCUGAAGGUCAAGGGGCGGAAAGCGGAGACUAAGGACGCACCGGUGCUGGCUCUCGCCCCGCAUUCCAGCUUCUUCGAUGCACUUCCGGUCGUGUACCUUGGCGGGCCGAGCAUCGUUGCCAAAGGGGAAAGUAGCCGUCUCCCUUUCUUUGGAAAACUCAUCAAUUAUACACAACCAGUCUACGUAUGGAGAGAAGAUCCAAAUUCCCGGCAAAAUACUAUUAAGGAGAUAAUUGAAAGAACUACUUCCAAGGAGGAUUGGCCACAAGUUAUGAUAUUUCCCGAAGGGACUUGUACAAACCGGUCAUGCUUGAUUACGUUCAAAUCGGGCGCCUUUUAUCCCGGUGUACCGGUGCAACCAGUGUGCAUCAGAUAUCCCAACAAAUUGGACACGGUAACGUGGACAUGGGAAGGUCCUGGCGCAUUGAAAUUACUGUGGUUGACGUUAACACAGUUAAAUAGCAGUUGCGAGAUCGAGUUUCUUCCUGUAUAUAAUCCAAGCGAGGCAGAGAAACUAGAUCCUAAACUGUAUGCAAACAAUGUACGACGUCUUAUGGCAGAGGCGUUGAAAAUUCCCGUAUCGGAUUACACGUAUGAUGAUUGUCGGAUUAUUAGGAAGGCUCAUCAGCUACAUCUUCCGCAUGCGUCAAAUAUUGUAAAGAGCCAUAAACUUCGAUAUAAAUUAGGUUUAGUGGCAUCAAAAACUGAAGAAGAACUCGUUCAGAAGAAGACGUAUAAUUUUGGUGAGGUAAAUCUACAAGAAUUUACGCAGAUCCUUAGAUUGGAUGACAAGGAUCCAACCACUCAACAACUAUUUCGCAUUCACGAUAAGUUUGGGCAAGGAAAAGUCGAUUUUGAAGAGUAUAUCUUCACCGUGUUAGCGACGGCAAACGCGUCUUCAGAACUAAACAAGGUCGAGAUUGCGUUUGACAUAUGCGGUUCGAAAACAGCAACGUGUUUGACCCAAUCGGAACUCAGGAAAGCCUUGAGGUUAUCGAUACGUAUGCAGCCUGAAGAAUCCGACAGAAUCUUUCAGCACGCCAGGAGUGAUGAGGAUGCUUGUACAGUGAGCUUUGACGAUGUUCUGACACAACUGUCGAACCGAACGGAAUACGCACAUUUAUUCGCCGCGAAUAACGAAAAUUCGAAGAAGACCAUUUGAAAGUGUCUUUUAGAGCCCGAUAGUUCUUCUACAGAACAUCGAGGUAAACCUUUCCUUAGUCCCAUCUGCUCCACUUCUGUAUGAGAAACGUAUCCAAGGUGCUUCGAGGAUUAUAAAGCAAAACUAUUUUGUUGUCUGCGGAAGCUGCAGUUGCAUAUAAGGGGCAAUUUAGACAGCUAGACCAUGUUUUUCCUAUAAUCUCAUAAAUUAGAAAAAGUCGAGAAUUUAGCCGCUUAGAAUUUUAGGGACCUAAAAUUCUAAGAUUCGAGGAUUCUAAAUGAUCUUAGAUUUGAUAAUUGAGUAAUUUAGCUACGAAUAUCCUAGAAUCUCCGCGGAUAUGAAAAUCCAAAGAUACGCGAUUUAUCCUAGAUUCCGAGAACUUAAAGACUCGAGGAUUCCACAAUUUAGAGGUGGAAGUCUCUAGAUACCGUGACUUGAAGAUCGAAAGAUCCUAUGAUCGAGAGUUUGGAAAAUGGAAAGCCUAAGGAUCUGAAGAAACAAUAACCGUCUUAAUAACUGUACAUUUGAGAAUAAAUUAGAAUAGAAGUUCGAGGAUGGUCCUGUAAGGCUUAUUUCCAAUUGAAGAUCUACGAGCGUUACGGAAAAGGAAACCGAUGCUUGCACUUUUUGAUGUACAGUACACAUUAUAUAGCAUACAGUUAAGUGACCCGGUCAUUAAGCUUCUUACUAGCUCGAAUGGAUUUGAGUAUCCAUGACGUAGGACUUGGACGCGCAUUUAGAGGAAAAUGAGGACAGGUAACGACAUAAUUUAUUUUUUGACCCGAUGGUCCGACACCGCGAUAUUCAGUGCACAUGUACAGACAUGCGAUUAUGCACGGGAAUAUACAUAUGUGCUAAAUUAUGUAUAUACUUGUUGCACACUAUGAACCGGCAUGUAUGUAAACACACAUAUACACAUAAGAGCAACCGACGAAAUUAGGCGAAUCGAUCGUAUAUAUCGUGUAUGUAUGCGCGCGCAAGUGCAUUCAUGUGUGUACGUGUGUACGUAUGUAUGUAUAUAGAAAGAAAAUACGUGUAUGUGUGCAUAGUCAAAGAGAUUAUCCAUUUUGUAAUAUCUAUAUGUGAACGAAAUGGCCAAAGCUUAACAGCGCUCAUUGUUAGCGGUCAUUCUGAAUUAAAAACAGAUGUGCUGAGUUAUAGAACAUUUUA